AUGCAGUGCAGCAAGGAUCUGGAUUUUUACAUGAGCUUUUUCCUGAGCGGGAUGGGAAUUCUAUUUCUUGUUAAACAGCUGACUAUACCAGCUGGUUAUGGAAAACAUAUUGAAAAUAAUACAAAACAAGGCUAUAUUAUGAUACCUGCCAAAUAUGCCUGGUUUAUCCAAGAGCUACCUUCUUUCCUAGUGCCUUUGCUGCUAAUACUUGUCAGCAGACAGCAGAAUGUAUUCAGUUGUAUGAUGCUUCUUUUAAUGUUUUGUGGACAUUACUUUCAAAGGACUUUCAUCUAUUCUGCUUUUACCCGAGGCAGGCCGUCACCUAUAAAUAUAGUAAUUAUGGCUGCAAGUUUCUGUACAUUUAAUGGCUUCCUACAAGGACACUGUAUGGUUUACAUAGCAACGUAUCCUGAUGAAUGGCAUAUGGACAUUCGUUUUGCCUCAGGUGUAUUGAUAUUCUAUCUAGGAAUGGGGAUCAAUAUUCACAGUGAUCAUAUUCUGCGUAAUUUAAGGAAACCUAGUGAAGUUACCUACAAAAUUCCAAAAGGAGGAAUGUUUAAUUAUGUAUCAGGUGCAAAUUUCCUGGGAGAAAUUGUGGAAUGGUUUGGUUAUGCUAUAGCAACAUGGUCCUUGCCAGCUUUUGCCUUUGCAUUCUUUACAUUGUGUUCAAUUGGCCCAAGAGCGUAUCACCACCACAGGUAA